ACAGGUGAAGCCGGUGACGUCAUCGACUCGGAACGCGCGAGGAACUGCUUCAUGAAAACAAAAUAAUUAGCCGUUUUGUUUUACUCUAAGAAAUUAUCUUGAGGAAUAUACGGCAGCGAUAUGUGUGGGUUCGAUAAGGAGAAGGGUCCGGGGCAUCUGAUGAAGAAGGGGUUUACUCUGAUCCUGGUGGGUCACAUUAACGUCAUCCUGGGAGCCAUCAUCCACGGUAGCAUCCUGCGCCACAUCUCUAAACCCAACGACCAGAUCACCACCGAGUUCACUGCCGUCAACAUCAUCUCUGUCACCUCCGGACUGCUGAGCAUUGCAACAGGAAUCAUUGCCAUAUUGGUGUCAAGAAAUCUGUCAGUUUGGAAACUACACAUAGGUCUUCUGAUUAGUUCUUUCCUGAAUGCCCUACUCUCUGCGGCCUGCGGUGUCGGGCUUCUAUUGGCUAUUAGCCUCACCAUUGCCAACGAGGGGCGGGGCCUCAUGUUGGGCUGCAACUUCACUGACCUGCCAAUCAACGCCCGCUCGCCAGUCAACGCAGACUGCCCCUUUGACAGCACACGGAUUUAUGACACUACACUGUCUCUGUGGUUCCCAUGUGUACUUCUGGCUGGACUGGAAACAGCACUGUCUAUCUGGUGCUUCGUAGUGGGACUGGUACUGAGGGGCCUGGGACCCUGCUCACACACAUACCUCAAAGAACAGCUGGAGGAGGAGGCUCUGACCAAUAGGGCAACGGCAGAUCCAGAGUACUCACCCCAGGGCCGGAGCCUGAUUGGACAACACUCUGCCUAUGCAUAGAAGACUGCCACAGACCGGGAGUGUUUGAUGACGAAGGUGUGACUGAACCUCUUCCUCUUCAGAGAACCUCCCUGGUGCCUUUACCUCCAUUCAUACCAAAGACUCUCCUCUCCCUCAACGUGAGCGGCUAGCUAGACUGUGAGAUGACAUUGUGUCUGUGUCUGCCUCAGAAUGUCCGUCCUCCCCUCGAUCCUCCGACAUUUCACAAAUGCAAAAUGACAAACGCCUGUAGUGUAGAGAUUAUUUAUGGAUCAAUAUCUUCGUUAUAGUAUUUCGCUACGAUCAUAUUUAAAUGAUUGCAUUUAAUCACAUUUAUCAUGCUUCAUGCUUUUUUCAUUUUCUGUACAUGUUAUUUCCUCCUUUUAACAGCAGCACACUGUUAUGUACUUUGUGAAAUUUAACAACUAACUCUCAGCCAAGCCAAAGAUUUUUGUUUUAUGACUCUACUCUUGUAUUUAAUUGCCAAUCUCAGCCAAAGAUAUGUGUUUUAUUGUCCUGUGUGUUUUUGUAACCUGAUUAUGGCUACCAGGCCUCGAUGCACUCCAUAGUGUUUACUACUCUGUUAUUCCCUGGCUUGAAUGUAUAAUGUGGGGAUAUAGGAAUAGCCUGCCGGAGAGGGGCUCUGAGGGUUCAUCUCAAAUUGCACCUUCUCCUAUUCCUAGAAACAAAUCUCCCACAUUGCAGUUUUCUCCCCAUUUCCCCCCCCCCCUGCAGGUGCAUAUAAAACAAGGGGAACAGGGAGAGCUGAACCACUUUGGAGUACUGAGACGCACCCUGAGAGUUUAACUGAAACCCAAUGCAGCAGAGUAGCCUCUGGGGGCCGGGGUGCAUGAGUGGUCAGGUGGACACCAUUAUGUAGGCCAUACAGGCGUAGCUGGGGUAGGCUCACAUUCCCCCACACCAGGCAGAAGUGAUCAGCUCAGCGCUGAAACGGUUAAUCUUGUGCUGGGUUAAAUCGAGUGGGUCGUAAUCUUUGCACACAACGCUAAUCCCCCGAGCCGAGGGGGGAAUCAAUAUUGAUAUAAGGAGGUGACUGACCCUGUCACAACAAAGGUUGUUUUCUAUGCAUGGCCAGCAGAAUGUUGUCCCUCCAGGGCUGCCGUAUGUUGAUGUUGUACUGUAGUAUUACUACUGUAGUGGGUUUCCACUAGCUUCGAUAGCCACAAAGUCAGAUUCCACAAUCACAAAGUCUUAAUUUAAGGCAAAGGUUAGCAGUGUGGUUACAUUUAGGGCUAAGGUUAGGUUUGAAAUCUAAUUUUAAGAAGUUCAUUGUAGAAAUGGGCUGGGUGUAUGACUUCGUGGCUGUGGUAACUAGUGAAGAUCACUUUGGAGGGAUAAACGAGUGUAGGCUACUCAUCGGGAUGAGCUGGAUUUCACUUAAUUUAAACCCUGGUGGAUUGUCUGAACUGUGCUCACUGGAAUAUGGUCCAAUAACGUUUAUGUGUAAGGGUUGGGGUCUUUCAAAUUUUUUUAUCAGGAAGUGAGUUGAAUUCAUGAAUUAUAAUUUCUAUGAGGUCUCCUGAAUUGAACACAACCAUGAUCUCAAUCUACAUUUCAUGCAUGUUGUUUUUUGCCUGCAGUAUUUUUACUUGAAGUUGCAUCUGAUUGUGUUUAGUUGUUUUUAUAUUUUAAGGACUGCACCGAUCAAUGUGUUUAAAAGUUUUUUUUAUAUUAAAU